ACAAGUUGUGUUGACAGCUAGCCCCAACUAGCCUGAUGCUAGCUCGUCGUCGUGCGUCGGGUCCCUCGCCGACUCUCAUGGUUUUAGAAGUCCGCUGGCCGUCUUCCGUCCCCGCAGCGUCGCGUAUCGGGUUGAGACAUGCAGGAUAGGUACAGCGAGAUAGGCUUCGUCCAGCAAAUACUCGGUUUCAAUCUAGUGCCGAGGAAGAAUGGCACGAACCGAGGAAACGACACAUCUCUCGACGACUUCUCAGAGAUGUGGUACGGGGUGUUCCUGUGGGCAGCGGUCUCCUCGCUGAUCUUCCACCUACCCGCGGCUCUGCUGGCCAUCGCCACGCUGCGGCAGCACAAGAUGGCCCGAUUCAUGCCCAUCGCCAUCCUCCUCAUGGGCAUCGUGGGACCAGUUUUCGGGGGGGUCCUCACCAGUGCAGCCAUAGCAGGUGUGUUCAAGGCAGCAGGGAAGAGGAUGAUCUCUUUGGAGGCUCUCGUGUUCGGCGUGGGACAGUCAUUCUGUAUCCUCAUCAUCUCCUUCCUCCGGGUCCUCGCCACCCUCUAGCAGCACCAAGGCCCGCCUGGCCGGCACCGGAUGCCGCCGGGUGAGUCUGACACCAGUCGCUCCUUCUCUCGAUGGGACUCGAGUUUAACACGCCGCAGGACUAGAUUCCCCCGGGGACGCAGGAAAACCGCUCUGACCCGGGACGUGAUGUAAUUCCCUCCCAGCGGACCAGAGACCAGAGCGGAUUUUAUUCAAACUCCCGACUUGCUUGUCUCCACCAUGGGACGGCACAAUGCUGCGUUCACGUCACAUGACAUUCUAAUCAUUCCAGUAUGAUGUGAACGCAGCUCAGGAUGCUGUUUUACCUGUUGCCGGGGGUUACAGGUUAGCAGCAGGGUAACCUUUCUCAGGUGUGUGUGUGUGUGUGUGUGUGUGUGUGUGUGUGUGUGUGUGUGUGUGUGUGGGGAGACGGGAACACAAUGGUAAUAUGCAAAGAUUCUGGCUUUUUCCCUCGAGGCCUUAACUUCUACUUUCUAACCUCCAAAGUGGUGUUUUCUCUUCAGGACGGUCUGUUCUUUAACACUCUUGCUGCUCCUUUUUGUUCUUCCUCAUAUUUCAUUAUUUUUUUUGUUCAAACUAAUUGAAACCUAACUGCCUGUGUGUUAUUGUUAGUUAGUUUAAUAGAUCUGUUUUUAUGCUCCAGGACUUUUUUCUUCUUUUCUUCUGCCCCACAAUGCAGCGUAGAGAAUGUCUCCGGUUCGUCUGCUCUUCUUGUUGUUGUGUUUGUUGGUUCCGAAUAGACCGGAGGUUCCAUCACGGGGCCUCCAGGACCACCACAAAACGAGAGCUUUUCUCGUCUCUCAUUGAAUGAUUUUACAGCUGUGUCAUUUUGCCACACUGAACUGAUUUGUACAUAUUUUAAAUUAUUUCAAGGUCUUUUAUAGCUUUUUAAUCUUCACGACCAAAUGUGUUGUGCUGGUUUUAUUUUUCUUGCACUACACUGAACAAAAGACCCCCUUGUAGUUUUUAUUCCCACAGUCCUGAGCUUCCAGACGGCGGUCAACUCUCCAUGUGUUACUUUUUAAUGUAAAAGAACAAACAAUGGAAAUACUUAGUAAUGAAUAAAAACUAGCUACUACCAGAAAUAGAAGUAUUUAUUGUUGGCCAGGUAUGAUGGGAGUCAGUGAUUUUACGUUUGAUAUUACAUUUUUAGUCUUGAUUGCAAAGCUGCUCCUGCCUGCGUUGGGUCAUUUUUACAAAUCAACUAACGGCAUCAGCCACACAGAUAUGUUGUUCCUAUUGGACUUCAUGAAUAUGUAUUCUCUUGACUAUAAAACAGGGAUCGUUGAGUCUGUUCAGAGGGCCCCGGGCAACAAAUGAGCUGUGGGGCCCCUCAGGUUCCCCAACUUAGUUUUAUUUCUAAAUAUGACAAAGAGUCUCUCUACAAGAUGGGUCUUUAAAAUUGGAUUUAAUUCAGGAGCCACUUCUUUUUUUUCCGUUAAACAUCUGGCCACAGGUGGAAUCUGUGGAUCAGAGUUUGAUACAUCUUUCCCCUGUUUCUUCCGUUUUUUUAUUAUUCUGUUGCACAUUCCACCUGGAUACAUUGUUUCCCCACGUCUCGCUUCUCAUGCCUUCAUAGUCGUGUUGAUCCCAGUGGCCCCUUUAGCUCAGGCAGACGUGAAGAGAGAGCAAACACACGAUGUUCAUACAAUACCCUUGAAUAUUUCCUUGAGCUGCAAUCCGUUCAACAAAUAAAGUGUGUGUUUUAUCUGGGAAGUCAAAUCUAUAAAACUAAGGAGAUCAUAAAAUAAUGCUGUCAACACACUGAAGAUUGUAAGGACAAGACUACAAACGUUCAGCACCCAUGGGACCAACAAUGGGACAAAUUUGAGUUUUUUUAAUUUUAUUUUGUUCAACUGUGAGAAGCUCGAUGUGUGUGUGUGUGUGUGGCAUUGCUCUUUACAUAUUUUUGGAAGUGGCCUUUCUUUUACGCUGUACAUUUUGGAGAAUGUUUAUUUUUUUAUGGUUCGUGUAAUUUAGCUCUUUGAGCAUGUGUGUGUGUACGUGUACACUCUGGUUCUUUUACAGCAGCACAUAUUGGCAUUUAAAGGAAGCCUUGUCCCUUACCAUAUCUGCCCGAGGCAUCAGAGGUCAAAAGCAGAUGCUUUUAUGUGCACUGUCGGCGGCCUGCAGUAAAUGUGCAUGCGUACAGACCGGCCGUCUCCGAGUCCUUUGUGCUGGACUCCCAGAUGGUUAAAGUCCCUGUUCAUAUGUGCUUGAAGCUACUUAACGCAGGAGGAUAAACCAGACAAGAAAAUGCAGUUCCACAAACCGAGUUAAGCCAACACUAGAAGACCAGUGAGUCCCGUAACACCAUUGAAAGUAGCUGCCCGUUAGCGUAAGGUGGAAUCAACACCAUGAUAACCUUCAUGAAGGACGGUUCAUUGCACGUUUGCUGUGUUUUACUACAUCCUGUCGGAUUCAGACGUGUCAGUUUGUUUAUAGCCCGCCUGCCAGACGCAGACGGGCUAUAAACUGGUUUUUUCCCGUGUAGUGUGUCCAGGAGGCAACCUCCGCUUCUUAAAACUCUCUACUGACCAUGUUCAUUUAGUAAAUGAUGGUCCAUUUAACAUAAAAUAGACCAUAAAGCAGAGUGCGCUUCAGGGUGGGCUUACUGUACCAGAGCCGUAUACAGCGUCUCUACGUCACUGCGCAUUCCAAAUACACUUCCGUUCACUGGUUGUGACGAAAACAUGGCAACAUCUGUAAUCCAAGAUGUAAUCACCAAAUUCAAAGCUUUAAACGGCGGUCCAUAAACCAGUGGGUGUCAUAGCGGACGACCCCGACGCCGCAUCUGUGGCAGUUUACGUCCCCGCAGAAAGACUAGCGUUUUCAGAUCGUGUUCUUGUUCCCCUCAUGUCUGUGACAUUGACCAAUAGAGAGGCGAAGUCCCGCCUCUUCAGGCCUCCAUCAACCCGA